AAUUGCAGAAGCUUGAAUACAGCUUUGCUGUCUGCUUCCUACUCUACAUGUCACUUACUUCAUUAGUGGCAUUCAGUUAGGUUAGAAAUCUAGCAUACUAUAAGGAAACAGUAGCUUUGCCGCUUGUCUGUGGAUGCUACGUGUUGCUUUUCUCCGUUUCCACAUGCUGAAAUUGUGUUUCUUCAUCUGCUUGAUAUACUGGGUGAAAUCAGAUGAGGACAAAAAAUGUCCUGAAUUUACAGAUCUUAAUAUAGGCGAUGCUUUGUCUGGGACAGAAGUCCAAGUCCAGCUACUGCUAUACACAAAGGAAAAUCCAGAUUGUUCUGAGAGACUCAUUGAACAUAAUGUUACUGCAUCUGAGUACCUUAAUACCUCCAAGAAAAUUGUCUUUGUAAUUCAUGGCUUCAGACCAACAGGAUCUCCGCCGGCAUGGCUAGGUGACAUGAAAGAGCUUUUACUGUCUUCAGAGGAUAUUAAUCUCAUUAUAGUUGACUGGAAUCGUGGUGCUACAACUGUGAAUUACAUUACUGCUGUUGCAAACUGCAGAAAAGUUGCAGAAAUACUGAAGAACUAUGUCGACCAGAUGCUGGUACAUGGAGCUUCUCUUGAUGCUAUCUAUAUGAUUGGUGUUAGUCUUGGAGCUCAUAUAGCUGGUUUUGUUGGACAGAAGUAUAAUGGCAAAAUUGGCAGAAUUACAGGUCUUGAUCCAGCAGGCCCUUCGUUCACUCGAGCACCACUCGAGGAGAGACUGGAUUGUACUGAUGCACAAUUUGUUGAUGUAAUCCACUCAGAUACUGAUGCACUAGGUUUCAAGAAACCUCUAGGAACCAUUGAUUUCUAUCCAAAUGGAGGAAUGGAUCAGCCUGGUUGUCCAAAAACAGUAUUCAGUGGACUUCAGUAUUUUAAGUGUGACCAUCAAAGAUCUGUCUUCCUCUUCUUAUCAUCUUUGAAAAGGAAGUGCAACAUAAUAACAUAUCCUUGUGAAUCUUACUUGGAUUACAAGAGAGGAAAAUGUGUUGAUUGUGGAGCUUUCCAGCCAAUGUCCUGUCCAGUGCUGGGUUAUUACGCUGAUAGAUGGAAAAAUCUCUUAAUCCCAAUGAGUUCACCAACGAAAGCUUAUUUUGAUACAUCAGAUCAAGACCCGUUCUGCAUGUAUAACUACUUACUGGAUAUUACUACCUGGAAUAAAAGCAUUAGGAGAGGUUUCAUUAAAGUUAAAAUAACAGAUUAUACUGGAAACACAGUAGAAUCGGAGAUGAAUAGUGAAGCUUCAACAUUUCAGCAAUAUAAAAGAGUCAAAAUACUAACUGGAUUUUACCAAGACCUUGACAAAAUAUCAAAAAUUUCCUUGACGUUUUCUACGAAGACUUUAGUAGGACCAAAAUACAAGCUUAGGAUUCUCCAGAUGAGGCUGAAAUCUCUUAAUAAUCCAGAAAGGCCCCAGCUGUGCAGGUAUGAUUUUGUGCUGAUGGAGAACACUGAACUGACCUUCAAACCUGUCCCUUGCCUGGAGAGGGGUACAUGAAGAGAGAGCUCCUACUGACUUAAUUUCUCUUACAGCAGUGACAUUUUGAUUCUUCCCCAGGAUAAAGACUGCAACAAGAAGGGAAGUGAGAUAAGCUAGAUUUAUUUUCAAGAGUCUACCUGGUAACAUGCAGUACUUGCUUUUAAUGCCUUAGGGUGGAAUUAAUUGAAAACUUCAGAUAUCUAUGUAUUUGGGAAAUUUGAAUAAAGUAAAUGUAUCAUG